AUGUCACUGGCGUCCUGGUUCAGGUGGAAUGACUCCCCAAACCGCAUUUCCCAGAGGAACCCCACAGAAAUGGUGGUUGAGACACUAAUGAUGGAGCUGAGCUGGCAGACCAAGCAGGCAGAGAAGCAGCAGCGAGAGCGGGAGAAUGAGUAUCGCAAGAUCAAGACUGGGGUGGACUACGGCUGGCUGGUCAGCUAUCCAAAGCAGAGCUAUGACAUCAGCCCAGCACAACGGCUGCAGCUGGAGGAUAUGUGUACCAAAAUACAUCCUUCCUACUGUGGGCCUGUCAUACUCAG